CAACUGCUCCAUUUCUUUCUACUGUUGCCCAACUCUUGAAUCUUUCCUCUUUUUUGUUUCCCUUCAUCCCUAUUCCUAUUGUACGGUAUUAAAAGCGGAAACUUUUUUUUUAAGGGGUUCAAAAUAUAAUAAAAUGAACAUAUGAAGAAUUGAAAGAGAGUUUCAACAAAUAAAAAAAUUCUUUUGAUCAAAUACAAACAAAAUAAUUUUUCAAAAAAAGAUUCAGAUAAACUCCAUCAACCUUACCUACUAAUUAGAAGUGAUUUUCCAUUUAGUUACUUUCAGAGUGACUUGAACAUCCAACUUUAUGAGAUUAAUAAAUACCAACAGAGAUCACGGGAUUUUUUAAAUUGAAUAAAUGACAAUGCAUGUUUAAUCAUUCUCCUGUUUUUCUAAAUGUCCAAAUGCAAUGCUUAGUUGUUUGUACUUAUAUAUAUUCGCCUGUAUAUUUAACAAUACACGUCCAAUAGCGAUGGGUCUGGCAAUAAACAUAAUACUUAUUAAAUCUUGAAGGGUCAACCCACCAAAUUAUUCAUGAUUAAAUAAUACUACUCAUAAUCCCUGUUGAUCAAUUAUUCUUGUUUGACUUUUACCAUAAACCUUCUCUUCUUUUUUCACAUAAUAUUCCUACACGCAUUUACGUUGAAUUUUUCUUCUUCUUCCAAUUAAUAGCUCCAACCUCCAAUCCUCUUAGACAUUAUUAUGCUAUACUUAUACAAACAACUCCUCUUUGUAAUUGUUUUCCUUAGCUGAAAAUGAAUUAUUCUUGUAUCAUUUGUGGUUUUACCAUUAUUCUUGCUUUUUCCUCUGUUUCAAUUCUUGCACAACAACCUUACUUUGGAGCAGGAACAAAUGCCUGCAGCUCCCAGGAUAACUCCACUUCUGCUUUUGGUUACUUCUGCAAUGGCGUUAACCGUACCUGCCAAUCUUAUUUGACCUUCAGAUCUCAACCCCCUUUCAAUACUGUAUCCUCAAUCUCUUCUCUACUGGGUGCUGACCCUUUACAGCUCUCUCAGCUCAAUUCAGUUUCUCGAAAUGCUACCUUUGACACCAACCAAAUGGUUCUUGUUCCUGUUACUUGUUCUUGUUCAGGUCAGUUUUAUCAGUCAAAUACAUCUUAUGUUAUUAGGAAGGAUGAUACUUUCUUAACUAUUGCAAUGAGUACCCUCCAAGGAUUGUCGACUUGUCAUGCUAUCAAUGCUGAGAACAAUGAUCAAGCUAAUAAUCUUGUUAUUGGUUCAAGAAUUAAUGUUCCUCUUCGAUGCGCUUGCCCUACGAAAAACCAAACUGAUGAUGGUACAAAAUAUCUGCUUACUUAUUUGGUUGCUUCUGGGGAAUUUGUUGCAUUCAUUAGUGAUAAAUUUGGGGUGGACUUUAGGGAAACUCUUGCUGCCAAUACACCACUAUCAGAAAAUGCUCCUACUAUCCUUGCGAAUACUACUCUAUUGGUUCCUCUAUUGAAUCAACCUUCGAGUUCCCAAGUUGCAGGACCGGCUCCCCCACCGCCUCCUUCGACAACAGCAACACCACCUGUUGUUCCUGUAUCAGAUAAUAACUCCAAGAAAACUUGGCUAUAUGUUGUGGCUGGUGUUGUUGGAGGACUUGUCGGUUUGUCUCUUCUCGGGGUGGUUAUUUUCUUCUUGUGCUUCAGGAAAAGGCAAAAGAAAGCUGAUCCACAGUUUGCUUCAGAAAGCUUUGAAGCAGUUGAGAAACCGUCGAAUAAGAAAAUUGAAGAAGAAUCGGAGGAGUUAUUGGAAAGUUUAUCCAGCAUAGCUCAAUCUGUUAAGGUUUACAAAUUUGAAGAGGUCAAAGCAGCCACAGAUAAUUUCAGUCCUACAUGUUUGAUUAAGGGAUCUGUUUAUCGGGGCAGGAUCAAUGGGGAUUUUGCUGCUAUAAAGAAAAUGAGUGGUGAUGUAUCAAAGGAAAUUAAUUUGUUGACCAAAAUCAACCAUUUUAAUCUUAUUAGUCUCUCGGGAAUUUGUUUUCAUGAUGGUCACUGGUAUCUUGUAUAUGAAUAUGCUUCCAAUGGACCAUUAAGUGAUUGGAUAUGCCACCACAAUGGUGAUCAGAAGUCACUUAGUUGGACACAGAGAGUACAGAUUUCUCUUGAUGUUGCCACAGGGCUUAACUAUCUCCACAGCUACACAUCCCCUCCUCAUGUUCACAAGGAUUUAAACGGUAGUAAUAUUCUUCUUGAUGGUGAUUUAAGGGCCAAGAUUGCUAACUUUGGUUUAGCAAGGUCAGCAGAUGGACAAGAAGGCGAGUUUGCAUUGACGAGGCACAUAGUUGGGACACAAGGUUACAUGGCACCUGAGUAUUUGGAGAAUGGGCUAAUCUCCCCAAAGCUGGAUGUCUAUGCAUUUGGAGUUUUGUUGCUGGAGAUUCUCACUGGGAAAGAAGUUUCUGCUUUAUAUGAAGGUUCAAGUACAAACUUGGCUGAGGUGUUGAUCCCGGUGCUUCAUGACGAAGAUGCAAAGGAGAAUUUGAGCAACUUCAUUGACCCUUCUCUGCAAGGAAAGUAUCCUGCAGAACUUGCCAUUGCCAUGGCCAGAUUAAUCAAUAACUGCAUAAUGAAAGAUCCUUCACAUCGCGCUAGUACGGAUGAGAUUGUGCAAUCUCUUUCAAGAAUUAUGACAGCCACACACUCUUGGGAAAAGUCAUUUAGCACUUCAGGGUCACCACAUAGAUUGCCCUAGAUCAAUGAUUGUAAGGUUUUCUUUUUGUGUAUUUUACUUUUUGGUUUUUCCUCCUCCCACAUCUAGAAUGAUUUAUUAUGUGCAUAAUUUUAUUACCUUGUUUAUGAACUUUGAAGAGCCACUGUACCAUUUACCCUACAUAAAAAUCAGUUUUAAGAUUUCAAUCAA